AUGUUUCAGCAGCUAACACUAGUCUUGCUUUUAUUUAUCGUCGUAAUCCACCCGUUUCAUGUCUCGGCCAAGACAUGGUGUGUGUUAGCUGCAUCGGCGACAGAUGCACAACUACAAGCUAAUAUUGAUUGGGCAUGCAGCAUAGAAAUUGUUGAUUGUGUAAGUAUUAGCCCUGGUGGAGUUUGCUAUGAACCAAAUACUCUUACUACUCAUGCAUCAUAUGUGAUGAAUGAUUACUACCGCUUGCAUGGGGAGACUGAAGAGGCUUGUGAUUUCAACCAUAGUGGUCAAGUCAUUAAUGCUAAUCCAAGUUAUCUUCGUUGUAGGUUUUCAUAG